UUUUUUUUUUGUUUUGGCUGACGUUAGUACCUUUAGCUUUUGUGUAUGAAAAUAAAGUGGGACGAUGGAGUUCCUUAAAAGCGGCUUUAAAACAGUGCUUGGAAGUACUGAACCUGGUCAUCAACCUAGUGCAGCAGAAACCGUUGAAAAAUUAGUUGAUCGUGUAUUAAGUUCAACAUUAUUAGACGAUCGUCGGGAUGCUUGUCGGGCUUUGAAGGCGCUAUCUAAAAAAUAUCGUAUUGAAGUUGGAGCACAAGGAAUGUCAGCAUUGGUCCAGAUUCUCAAACAUGAUAGUCAAGAUUCAGAAAUCAUUGGCUAUGCCCUAGAUACUUUGUGUAAUAUUACAACUGCUGAAGAGUUCGAUGAAGAAACUGAUAACCCAGCCGUUUCAGUAAAUGUUGGAGAGCAAUUUACUGAAAUGUUUAUAAAAGUACACGACAAUGUUACUGUAAUUAUGACUCUCUUAGAAGAAUAUGAUUUUCGUGUUCGGCGUUCCGCAAUUCAACUCAUUACUACGUUGAUUGCAAAUAAAACUCGUGAUUUACAAGAAAUUAUUUUGGUAAGCCCUAUGGGCGUAUCCAAAUUAAUGGAUUUACUCUCAGACAGCCGUGAAGUUAUUCGAAAUGAUGCACUACUUUUGCUAAUUCAGUUAACAAAGGGGAACUCAAAUAUACAAAAGAUAGUUGCUUUUGAAAAUGCCUUUGAUAAAAUUUUUGAAAUUAUUCAAAGUGAGGGAUGUUCGGACGGGGGCAUUGUUGUUGAGGAUUGUUUAAUUCUUUUAUUGAACUUGUUAAAAAAUAAUUCCAGUAAUCAACAAUUUUUUAAGGAAGGAUCCUUUAUCCAAAGGCUAUCACCAAUGUUCAGUAUUACCCAAGAAGCAGAAGAGAAUGAGUGGGCCCCACAAAAGGUCUCUAAUAUACAUUGCAUGUUGCAAGUAGUUCGUGCUUUAGUUACACCAAGUAAUCAACAGCAAGUGGUAUCAUCUUGCCAAAAAGUUAUGCGCAAAUCGAAUCUCCUCGAUUUGCUAUGCGACAUUUUAAUGGGCAGCGGAGUACCAGCUGAUAUACUAACGGAAACUAUAAAUGCAGUUGCUGAAAUAGUUCGAGGUGAUAAAGAAAACCAAGAUAAAUUAAGCAUGGUUAUGGCGCCUAGUAACCCUCCUCGACCAGCAAUUGUCGUACUUUUAAUGUCAAUGAUAAACGAGAAGCAGAUAUUAACACUUAGAUGUGCUGUAUUGUAUUGCUUUCAAUGCUACCUUUUUCGGAACGAGGAGAGCCAUCAAGCUGUCGUACAAACGUUAUUACCCUCUUCUGAAUCUGAAGUGAGUAGUCAUUCAACUGGUCAAUUGUUAUGUGUGGGCCUCUUUUCAUCCGAUUCACUUGCCAAUUGGUUUUCUGCAGUAGCUCUUAUGCAUGGACUUGUCGAUAGUGUUGCACAGAAAGAAGAACUGUUGCGCGUUCUUUUAGCUAGUCCCAGAGGAGGAAACCCGAUUACUCUAUUGGAGCAAUGUACAAAUUUACUUCAGCAAGAUAGGUAUAAGUUGCAAAGUAAAGUUGGUCUUCUGAUGUUGUUGAGCAUGUGGUUGGCACAUUGCCCCAAUGCCGUUAAAACUUUUCUCAGCACAAGUGGUACAAUGGCAUAUUUGACGGCGCAAAUUAGUGCAAAUGAACACGAUGAAAAUGAGUAUUUGAUACAAGGGUUAUGCGCGUUCCUCAUGGGAAUUUGUAUUCAGUUUAAUGAUAACACCCUUGCCAAUCAAAAACGAGAUGAUAUCUGCCAAUUGUUAAUUAAACGUAUAGGGCAAGAAACUUUUUGUAAUAAACUUAGCGAAGUAUCAAGACAUGAAGCUUAUAAUCGAGCAUGCAAACAACCUCAGAUUAGACCAAAGGCCUCCUCUGAUCUUUUGCUGGAUUACGAAUUUUGUAAGUUAUAUAAAGAAUUGGAAGCGUUAUUAGGAAAAAUCGUAAGCGGAUUUGAUGUCAAUGGUAUUGAAUUAACGGAAUUAACACUCAGCUCUGAAGCUUCUGCGCUUGUAGCACAAUAUAAAGGCAUCAUUCGAGAUCUUGAUGGCCAAAUUAAUUUGCUGCAACAAAAUUCAAGACGACUCGAAAUAAAAAAUGAGGAACUCGAACUAAAACUGUCUAAAGUAGAAAGCCUUAAUACACAAUUAUCUGAUCAAAAUACAUUGCUAAAAGCCCAGUUAGGAGCCGCACAGAGCAGCACUUCCCCGUCAAGAGACGGUACACCGGUUAAUGCAUUAAGUGCAGCUCAAUUCCAGACGAAUCUAUAUUGUGCAGAGAACAUUAGAAUAACUCGAGAAUUUGAAACAUUGCGCCAGCGACUGGAAGAUGAAGUGCACCGCGCUAACACAGCAAACGACGAACUUCAAAAAUUACAAAAGGAUCAAGAGGAUCUACUUGAGCUCUUGACUGAUCAAGAAAAUAAAAUCAAUCGAUAUGAGCAGCAAAUGCGAUCAGCAGGUUUACCUAUUGAAAAUGACAAUGAGAAUAACACAGAUGAUGUAGGCAAUCAAGAAAAUCCUAAUUUGAACGUAUAAGUUAAUUUACGGAUAUAUAUGAUUAGAAAUUAAUUCAUAGUUCAUACGGAAAAUAUAUUGUAUACUACGAAACAGUACAUAAUUUAUAAUUCUAAAAGUUUAAGCAUCAUUCCUCCUUAAUAUACAUAAAAGUAAAGCAUAA